UAGAAAGCAUAAAUACGCGCUGCGUUUUGUGAAUUAUCAUAAAUAUCGCAACAUACUUAUUAACACGGUCUUAGUUUUCAGAAUUACAGCCCACUCAGACGCAUACUUUGUUCUUUGGUAUACUUGAUCACAGAGAACAAACGUGGAUGUAUUAAUGUGAGUCGGGAAGGGAAACGGCGAAUCAUCAAACUAGAAAUUGUCUAAAAGUGCCCAAUCAUAAGAAAUUGACUAAAAGCCCCUAAUCAUAGAGAAGCCGCUUCACUUCCGCUUGUAGCAAGAAGCAACGUUCACGAAGACAGGCUCAUUCUGCGAGAAUCCGAAAUUGAUACAAGCACACGAGUACACAGUCGAAGCCUCGACCGUGUUUAAAAGCUCACCGCUCACCGAGCUCAAUUUUCUGUGCAACGCGAGUUGAACCGCGCGUCGUCAGUAUGAAUUUCAGGAACGCGAAUUCUUUGAACAACCGAGUGAACCUGCUGUCGGGCAAUCUGCUACCGAUAGAAGACAGCGACUCGAAAUUUCCGCUAAGCUGGCGCGUGCACAACGUCGUCAUUUGGCUGAUCGAACUGAUUCACACGGUCGCCCUCGUCUUCGGGCUCAUUCUAGUGCCGCGAGAGAAAGCUCUGAACGAUGGCACCGUGUGCGUCGUGGUCCUGAUGGAAGCAUCCUUCAUGCUUUCACGGCUUUACGCACGCAGGAAGCUGUUGAGCCGAGUGGUCGACACGCUGGACAGCAUCCUGCGCGAAGCGGACGAGACAAUGAAGGACCUCGUGAGGUCGACCCUGAGUCCGAUAACGAAAAUGUUUACGGUGUACUGUCUGGUAAGCGUGACGACCAUCACCAUAUGGACUGUACAGCCGGUUACGAUAGCCUUCGAUAAGGGUGCCUUCUUUUACGUGGAUUACAAUCUACCGGCGGCAUUCACCAGCGAGCCGUUCUCGCGUGGCGUGCUAAUCGCGUCCAGCGUCGUCAUGACAAUCGGCAGUGUGUUCCUGUUCCUGAAGAAGUUCGGCGUGGACGUGUACAUGAUGCAUAUAGUGCUGAUAUUGACCGUGCAGUAUCGAUACAUAGGGAGGAAACUAACGCUGUUAUUCCGAGAUUUGCAGGGAGACAAUCGCGUGGAUGGAUUGUGCGACAAAAGAUUUCAUUUGAAGGCGGAUUGGCGGACGAAAAGAGAACUGAGGGCGUUGUGUCAGCAUCAUAACACGGUUUUACGCAUAUCGAUUAUGUUAAAGAAACUGCUGUCUGUGAACUUCAGUUUACUGUAUGUAAACAGUGUCUUUCGCUUCUGCUUUAUAAGUAUCCUGAUGAGUACAGUACCAUCGAUGAAUUUAUCGGAAGGAAUAUCCGUUUUACUUUUCGCAUUCGGUUCAGCAAUGCAAUUCUUCUUGUUAUGUUUCUCCGUACAAACACUGUCGGAUGCGAGUACGGAAAUAACAGAUACAGCAUUUAACGAAAACUGGUAUCAGUAUGGUUCAUCGAUAAAACGUAUAUUCCUGUUGCUGAUAAUGACCAAUAAUUUGGAAUGUAAAAUUGCGGCGAUUGAAAAGUUCAAUCUAUCCUUGCCAUCUUUCAUGACGGUAAAACACAUCGAUAUACAUAAUCGAUAUCUCCGUUGUUUCACAUUGCGAUAUCGUUUAGCAGUUUUUGGAAUCCUUCCUGCCAAAUUAUUAAAAUAUUUCAAUCUAACGAUGCUUUUAGAUCAUGAAUCAAUCAUAUUCGAUCGCACUUUUGUUUCUAAGAGCGAAUUAAAUACGACAAGAGACACGAGUCUCAAAUAUGACGGAUACAAGACUACUGGACCAUAUUUCAUCAAUCAAUGAUAACAUGUAAUUAAUAAUUGUGUCGUGUAUGUAUAUAUCUAAUGAUAAAUAAUUAUAAGAGGUAAAGAGAGUUAAGAGAUACAAUUUUAAAACGUGACGCUCAAAUAUGCCUAAUUUGCAUAAUGUCGCAAGAAAGGUGGUCUGCGUUUUCGUCGAAUUUAUUAAUGUAAUAUUUUUAAGAGGUUCAUAAUACACACAAGUUGAAAUCCAUGAUUUGAAAUCCACGAAAUAACCAAUCGAUAAAAAUGUUAUCACCAAUUUUACACGUCUCUCUUACACACAUGCUUAUAAGAUACUUACUCCAUUGCCAUAGAUUUGUGAAUAAAUAUUUUCGAGACACUUUAUGAAAUAAUAUUGGCACGUACGAUUCUGAUUGAACUUGUCGCGAUCAACUUGUCGUCGUUUCUCUUCUCAAAGUGAGAAUAUAGUCAAGUGCUGCAACUUCCAUUGAAUCUGCCCGACCCUGCAACCAAGCAGAAAAGGAGAACCAUAAGAUAAGUGUUGCUUAUAGGCGAAACUUAUAGUCGCGUCCGUUCCCGCUGUAAACAGAAACACACACACACACACACACACAUAGGUUGCAUUCAAGAUCACACGAAAAUUCCUUCAUAAGACUUUUCGUACACACGCUACAUUGUUUGAUUAUCAUUGCGCUUGCUGUAGGGUCGUGCGACGAUCGCAGAACAAACACUAGUAAUUAGAGCAAGAGGGGAGCGAAAUAUCACCGUCCGUCCCCCACGCGAAUGCAUAUUAUAUUAGAAAAUGAAGUAGAGGUAGGAGAACUUGAGGAAAAUAAUAAGCAGUUAGAUUGAUUGA